AUGCGACGUCCAUUUGUACGGGUACUACAAUAUACGCUGGUAGCUGGAUGCAUAUUUAUGGUAUACGUAUUUUUUGUUUCAUCCUCACAAAGCAAGUUAGUCAGACGUCUUAACGAAUUUGACAAUGAUCAUCCUGGUGUAUUCAUUGGCAAAGAAGAUGUUGAAAUGCAAGUGGAGGAUGGAAUUGAUCCUUUCGCGGAAUACAAGAACUUAGCCAAAAAGGACUGGCAUGAUCAUGAGUUGAUGAAAAAAGACCAGGAACGGACGGGACCUGGAGAACGUGGUGAACCAGUUGUUCUUCCCAAAGAUGCAGAAACUAAAAAACGACAGGCUGUUAAUGGCUAUGAUGCUGCUGUUAGCGAUGUGAUUGCACUGGAUCGUGCCCCUAAAGAUAUUAGACAUAAGGAAUGUAAGAAUGUCAAGUAUCUUGAGAAGCUUCCUUCUGUGUCAGUCAUAUUUCCGUUUCAUGACGAGCACAAUUCGACAUUGUUAAGAAGCGUUCAUUCUAUACUUUUACGGUCACCGAAAGAACUUCUGAAGGAAAUCGUACUGGUGGAUGAUGCUAGCACUAAACCUUUCUUGCAAAAUCCGCUUGAUGAUUACUUAAAAAAAUUGAACAUCGACCGCAUUGUGAAAGUUGUGCGGACAAAGAAACGAGAAGGACUAAUAAGAGCUAGACAAAUAGGCGCUCAGCAUGCCACUGCCGAUAUAAUGGUUUUUCUUGAUGCUCAUUCGGAGGCUAAUUACAACUGGCUACCUCCACUGAUUGAGCCAAUUGCAUUAGAUUACAAGACUGUCGUUUGUCCGUUUGUUGACGUUAUUGACUGCGACACGUACGAGUAUAGGCCGCAGGAUGAAGGGGCGAGGGGUUCGUUUGACUGGUCUUUCAACUACAAACGAUUGCCCUUGACGAAAGAUGAUUUGAAAAACCCAGUUCAACCUUUCAAAAGCCCAGUUAUGGCUGGAGGUUACUUUGCUAUCAGUAGGAAGUGGUUCUGGGAGCUUGGAGGUUACGAUGAAGGAUUAGACAUCUGGGGCGGAGAACAGUACGAAUUAUCAUUCAAGGUGUGGCAGUGUCAUGGAAGGAUGGUAGAUGCUCCUUGCUCUCGAGUGGGCCAUAUUUAUAGGUGCAAGUAUGUUCCGUUCCCAAAUCCUGGUGUCGGUGACUUUAUCUCGCGGAAUUACAGAAGAGUUGCUGAAGUGUGGAUGGAUGAAUAUGCGGAGUAUUUGUAUAAAAGAAGGCCAGCUUUACGUAUUGUAAAUCCAGGCGAUUUGACCAAACAAAAAGCCGUACGUCAGCGAUUGAAGUGCAAAUCUUUUGACUGGUUUAUGAAAAACAUUGCCUUUGAUCAAGACCACUAUUACCCCGCUGUCGAACCACAAGACUCAGCAUCAGGAGAGCUUCGAAAUGUGGCUGCAAAUAAAUGCGUGGAUACGCAGUUCAAAGAAACAAAUACUCGUUUUUCGCUACGUGUUUGCCUCAGUGAUGAUUCCUCUGGUGGUGGUGAGCAGAAUCUUCGUCUUACUUUCUGGUUUGACGUACGUCCAAAAGGACGAAAUUAUUGCUUUGACGUAUCGACUUCUGAUCCUCAAGCACCGGUAGUUAUGUUUUCUUGCCAUGGAAUGAAAGGCAACCAGCACUUUAAAUAUCUCUUAGCAAGUAAACAGAUGUUUCAUCCAGUUAGUCACCAGUGCUUGGACUGUGACCCAGAAAGAGGCGAAAUUUUCAUGAAUCGUUGUGACGAAAGUAAGAAAUCUCAAAUGUGGACGUGGACCCAGAUUAAUGCUACACUGAUCGAAGAAAGGAACAAACAAGAUUAG